GUGUGUGUGUGUGUGUGUGUGUUAUUGGUUAUGUAAGUCAAACAUUAUUAAAUAUCGAUCAUAAAAUCGAUAAUUAUCAUGGCAUCCAUAAUUUCCUCUCCACUUAAAAUCGCGCGGGUAAUGAAAUAUUAUAACUAAAAAAAAAGUUUUGUUAUUGUUGCUUAUUGUUUUUAUUGGAAGAAAUUUUAAACAUUUAUUAAUCUUUAAUAUCGCAAUACAAUAUCAGAAUAUCAAUAAUUACUAAUUAAUGACAAAAUUUGAUUAUAAAAUCGUCGAAUAAAUUUCGAUAAAUGGAAAAAAAUAAAUUUACAUAAAUUAUUCGUAUCGUUCAGAACACAAUUACAAUUACAAAAAUUUUACAUGCAUGAAUAUUUGUAAAGCUUCCCUACACAUACAUACUUAUUUACGUAUCUUGUUCGCUUUUUCUAUCUAAUCAAAUCGAAUCGAUGAAAAGAUCCACUUUUAUCUGAUUGAACUGUACUGUAUGAUACAAUAAAAAGAUACGAUAUUAAUUGACUAUAGAGAUAAAUAGCCAUCCAGUCUUUAUCAAAUGGAAAAAUAAAAUCGACUCGUUUCAUUUACAUUUUGUUUUGUUCCACAUUUUUCACAUUACCUUCCGAUCGUUAUUUGUUUAUUCAACUUGGAAUUUUAUACUUCUUAGUUUAUCGAUUGGAGGUAAGAAUUCUCUUUCAAAUUCUCUCAUAAAAUAGAAUUUAAAAACUGUUUCUAAAAUUCAUUGAACAUAGAAUUCUUUUCAAAUUCUAUAUUCUUCGUAGAAACAUUUUGUAUCGAUUUUCCAUUUCCAUUCGUUUGGAAGAUUAUAUAGAAGAUUAAAAAUAAAUGUUCAACAAAAUUGAUUCGACGUGAUAAGAUAAUAAUUCCAAUUCAGAUAAGACAAUCAUCAUCACCAGUUCAUAAUUAUAUUCUAUGAUGCUUGAGUGGAUUAUCCUAUAAAAAGAAGUCGAACGAAAGUAACUAAUCUUAGUUUUUGAUUAAACAAGAACGCGCGUGAAAGAUGUCGUUUGUGAAACUUUUACUAAUAAAUAUCUGCCUGCUCGGAACGUUCCUUCGGGAGAUCCAUGGGCAAGGCAUGAUGAUUAGUCCUGUUAGUAGGAGCAGUGCCUGGCGGUUCGGACUCCCUGUUGAACAGAAUUUCUACGACGAUGAUCUUUCCUGCGGUGGAGACACUCAGUUCGUCCAAAAUCAUGGAAAAUGUGGCGAGUGCGGUGACGAUUACGCUAAAGUCCGACCUAGGCCAAAUGAAAACGGUGGUACUUAUGGAACCGGUGUGAUCGUCGAAACAGCCGGCCUGUUUAUGAAGGUAAAGGUGAAACUGACUACCAACAAUUUGGGAACAUUCAGGUUCCACGUGUGUCCCCUGAACCAAACCAAUUCCCUCGAGACCGAGGAAUGCUUCGAUCAGUACCCAAUCACGCUAAGCGAUGGUGGCUACGAGUAUCAAGUACCAGAGUUUCAAACGACCUUCAACAUAGAAGUCCAACUGCCAUGUAUCUGCGAACACUGUGUCUUCAGAUGGACUUAUGAAACCGGGAAGGAUUUGAAUGAACAUCAAAAAAUCUACAGAAAUUGCGCCGAUAUCGCGAUAAACUUGUAGAACUUUUAUUUUAUUAAAAGUUGAAGAAAUUUCCACUUCUGACUCUUAGACCCCCCGAUGGCCUAUAAAACCAAAGAACAAUAGUUUUUCCUUAUUGUUGUGGCACACCUGUUGCAUUCAGAGUGCUGUUAUUUAUCAGCCAUCUUCCAAAGUACUUGUUUUUAUUUUUUCUCAAUUCUUCAAAUAAUAUUACAAAAAAACGAACAUAAAGAUCAUAAAGGAUUAGUGUCCUCUAAAAGCGUUCGUUCAUUGUACACGCGGCAGGUUAGUAAUAAAUAAUGGAAAAGGGAACUGAUUAAAU